AUGCCUCCAAUCAUCAUAGUGUCCGACUGGUCAAAAUUGGCGGGCAGUGUUUUCUCCCAAGCCAAUCAGGCCGCGUCCCAGAAAGACAUAGACUUGUCCAAAGUAUGGGCCGACAUUCUCAAUGCUCUGAAACAGGCUGGACAUCUGUUGUAUGGCAUUCGCUACUUCAUUUUUACGUCUUCGUUAAUGGGAGCGCUUGAUGCAUACUUUCUAGGGUCGAAUUGUGGGGCGCUAUUCUCUCCAGUGUUUGCAAUCAUGCAUCCAUAUGCAGCAGCCGGAGCCUUGAUAUUCAUCUCUGCGAUCGCAAAUAUUGGAGUUUUCAUGACAUUAUUGCAGCUAACGGGAACAAUUGCGGUGUUCUUGUGUCUUCUCCCGGUGCAGCUCAUCGUCUGGUGUUGUGGCUUCAGGAAUCAAGGAGUAGCGCAAGGUUCAUUUGCAUCCCAAUAUCAGUCCAACUACUACGGCGGUACUGUGCCACGAGGCUCUGGAUUCUCGCAUCUCCAAUCAGUUGGGGCCACCACGUGGAUAGUCCCAUCGACGCUUAUCUCCUUGUUGUCGUAUGCUGGAGUUGCCAUUGUCUUAGGCCGGGAGUGGGGGUGGUGGCUCCAAUGA